AUGGCCCACGCUCUCGCCAGGGUGCCGCUGGUGGAGAUCGCUUUCCGAAAGUCGCCAGGGAUGCCGUCACUUCCACACGCCCUGCUCCACUUCAUACGCUCGGCUGCCUCGAUAACCUCCUCAUGCUCGAUCUGCCAGGUUCAGUGGCGAGCCGGGGCUAAGGGACGUCUUCAGCAUCGUCGUGGUGUCCCGUUCUGCCCACUGCACCUCCGUCAAGAUCUCCGCCAGCGUGUCCGCGCCGGUCUCGGAUCUGGCACCUCCACGCAAUCGUCGCACCUGGUCCCAUUCGCCCGCCGCCAGGAGGUGUUCCAGCCACUGCGCCCUGCCCGUCUUCAUGGAGCUCUCCCACGACGCAGUUCCAGCGCCUGUCUCCGGCCAGGUUGCCGCACGCCCAUGGCCUCGCUGCGUUUCUCGGCGAGUGACAUGGUGCGGUCCGAGAUCCAGGGCUUCAACGGCGAGGUGGCGCAAGAGGUAGCACGGCGGCUGGGAGUUUUUUACGUAGCCACGGCGGCUGUGCCGAUGUAG